GAAAUUGAGACUCGUUACGUUUUAUUACUUCUCUUACUUUCAUAUAGCCUAAAGACACAGAAUCCAUCCCUUUUCAACAAGUUUUGAAGUUUGAUUUGGCUUGAAGUGAAGUCUAUAUUAGUGUUUGCGAACGUUGUGGUUAUAUGUUGACUUUCAACUUGGAACUUGAUAUCGCCCUCUCCAUCCCCUACUCAUACAUCGCCGUUUAGUCGCCUACUAAUCAAACACGAAAAUAACAAACAUCCAAAUGACAAUUUAUUGACGUUUUCUCCACACUCAAAAUUCCAGUAUUCAAUCUAAAUUCUCCGUGUAAUUACCCCCCCAAAAAAAAAUGUUCGUAUGCUGUCCCGAAAAAGAAGCCAAGAAACGCGUAAACAAACUCAACGACUUGAAGAACCUCGUCCACACAAUCGAAGAAAAAAUGCUAAUUCCUUGUUCUUUAGCGCCCCCGUGUUGCCAGGCAUGUCCACCUCCACCCUGCCCUCCCACAAGUUGCCACCCCUGCUGUCCUCCAUGCUGUGUCACCAAUCUCCUCCACACCACUACUACUACCCCCUGUCCAGUCGAACCACCCAAAGAACCACGAGUAUCACCCGACAUAAUGGUUUGCUACAAGCACGCAGUGACAGAAAAGAAACGAGAUGGUAGACCUGCCAGACGAAAUCCUACUGUCCGAGCGAAGCGAGCCAAGUCGAGGGAACUCAGGAGUGGUAUUUUGCACGUGGGUUGCGACUGUGAGAAACGAAACGGGCUUCAGGAUGACUGUCGGAGGACUGAUUGUAUGGGGUCUCCUGAAUGCUUGACCAAACCCGAGCCCACUUGUGGGCCCAGUGAAUUUUGUGAUGGUAAGCAUUUGUACAAGAAAUAUGAAGUGAAGAAGGGUGGAGACGGCGACGCAAACGCGAAUGAUGAUGAUGUGACUGGAAAAGUUACGUUUUUUUAUAACUGCUAUCCUGCGAUGGUUAAGUGUUAAUACGAUGUUUGGCUAAGAAAAAAAUAAAUGUUUGGAACGUGAAA